AUGUGUCGAUCAUCUUCUAUGAACUUCCUAGCUGCCGUAAUAAAGGCCUUGGCACCGGGCAGCACGCGGCUUUACUGUGCAUAUCCAGGCAAGCACAAUCCCAUGGACCCCUCCCCAGCCACCGCGUCUGCCUUCUUUUCUCUGCGACGAGUGCUGUCGCGCCCAUCUUCUCCACUACCUUGA